AUGGAAACUGUAGAAAUGAAUAGUGUAUCCUUGAAACGUCCUCACUCUGAGGAUGGUGUGGCUAAUGCAGAUGAAAUUAAAAGACAGAAGAUCUCAGAGAAGCCUAAGACAGGGAACGACUCUGGGCAGAGCAUUGAGACUGUAACAGAACAACCUGACAAAUCUCUGCUUGAGGACACGAAAAAUGAAAUAAUCCCCAAUGAGGAAAGUGAGGAGCAGGAAGAGGAGGAACUAGAGGACAGUGACGAAGAUGGAGAUCCAGAGAGCUUUGCAGACAUGAUGAAGCAUGGACUGACAGAAAGUGAUGUUGGCAUAACUAAAUUUGUUAGCUCUCAUAAAGGGUUUUCUGGAAUCUUGAAAGAGAGAUACUCGGACUUUGUUGUCCAUGAAAUAGGCAAAGAUGGACGUGUGAGCCAUUUAGAUGACUUUACUGUUCCAGUGGAUGAUGAGGACCCAUCAGAAGAAACAUUUACAGUUUUGUCAGAUGAAGACAAGCAGCGUUUAGAGGAGCUCCAGCUUUUUAAGAAUAAGGAAACCAGUGUUGCCAUAGAGGUAAUGGAAGACACCAAAGAAAAAAGAACAGUUAUCCAUCAGGCUGUGAAGUCCUUGUUUCCUGGACUGGAGACUAAAACAGAAGAUCGAGAUGGAAAAAAAUACAUUAUUGCUUAUCACGCUGCUGGGAAAAAAGCACUGGCAAAUCCAAGAAAACACUCUUGGCCAAAAUCUAGGGGAAGCUACUGCCACUUUGUCCUGUACAAGGAGAACAAGGAUACCAUGGAUGCCAUUAAUGUCUUAUCCAAAUUUUUAAGAGUGAAGCCAAACAUAUUUUCUUACAUGGGAACCAAGGAUAAAAGGGCUAUAACAGUUCAAGAGAUCGCUGUUCUCAGAAUCACUGCACAACGACUUGCUCAUUUGAAUAAAUGUUUGAUGAACUUCAAAUUAGGAAACUUCAGUUACAAGAACCAUCCACUGAAAUUAGGAGAACUGCAAGGGAACCAUUUCACUGUUGUUCUCAGAAACAUAACAGGAACUGAUGACCAGAUAGAGCAAGCAAUGCACUCUCUCAGGGAAAUUGGAUUCAUUAAUUACUAUGGAAUGCAAAGAUUUGGAACAACAGCUGUUCCUACAUAUCAGAUUGGCAGAGCUAUUCUACAGAACAAUUGGAAUGAAGUAAUGGAUUUGAUACUAAAACCAAGACCAGGAGCUGAAAAGGGAUACUUGGUAAAAUGCAGAGAAGAAUGGGCAAAGACUAAAGAUCCAGCAGCAGCCCUCAAGAAACUACCUGUAAAAAGGUGCGUGGAAGGACAGCUUCUACGUGGACUCUUAAAGUAUGGAAUGAAGAACAUAAUCUCUGCAUUUGGCAUAAUACCAAGAAAUAAUCGCUUAAUGUAUAUUCAUAGCUACCAGAGUUAUGUGUGGAAUAAUAUGGUGAGCAAGAGAAUAGAAGAAUAUGGGCUUAGAGCCGUACCAGGAGAUCUCACGCUUAAAGGAGCCACAGCUGUUCAUAUUGAAGAAGGAGAGGUUGAUAACUACACUAUCCACGAUGUAGUGAUGCCAUUGCCUGGAUUUGAUGUUAUUUAUCCAAAGCAUAAAAUUGGUGAGGCCUACAAGGAAAUGCUAGUAGCUGACAAUCUUGAUAUCAACAACAUGAGGCAUAAGAUCAGAGAUUAUUCCCUUUCUGGAGCAUACAGAAAGAUUAUCAUUCGACCUCAGAAUGUCAACUGGGAGGUCGUUGCCUAUGAUGACCCCAGAAUCCCAUUAUUUACCACGGAUUUGGAUAAGCUGGAAGGAAAACCAUUACCAGUUCUUCCUACAGAUGGUAAAUUCAGGGCACUAAAGAUGGAGUUCUCCCUUCCCCCAUCCACUUACGCUACCAUGGCCAUCCGAGAAGUUCUGAAGAUGGACACAAGCAUAAAGAACCAGACACAACUGAAUACGACCUGGUUACGCUGAGCGACCUGCAGAGAGAUCACUGGGAUUUUAACAUAAAGUGUUUUCCUAUUCACAUGUUCUGCACAAAUCUUUAAA